UCGUUAUCUUGAUGCUGAUUUGGUUAUGGGUUUGGAAGCUGAUAUGCGUCAGUUUUGUGUUGGGUUUCCGCGAUGUUUUGUUGAUACUACGGAGGAGGGCGUGCAGUCGUUUCCGAGGCGAGGAUUCGGUUACGCUAGUGAUGUUGAAGUUUAUGUGUUAUUGGGAUAA